GCCGCCCCCGGCCUGCCCGCCGCCCCCUGUGGCCCCAUCCCCAACAGCCUCUUCAACGACUCCUUCACUCUGUGGUACCAGCGCAGACCCGGAGAACGCUAUGUCAAGGGGCCUCUCGACCGCACCGCCAUCGCCUGGUGGACCGACUACCACGUCAAGUUCCGCAACCCGCCCCUGGUGAACGGCAGCCUGAAGCUGGCCUUCAGCGGCACGGCGCCACCGCCCAACUGGCACCGACCGGUUUACAAGCUCAGUCCAGAUCCCAACAACACGGGCUUCAUCAAUCAGGACUUCGUGGUGUGGAUGCGCACAGCGGCGCUGCCCACCUUCCGCAAGCUGUACGCGCGCAUCCGUCAGGGCAACUACUCGGCCGGCCUGCCCCGGGGUGCCUAUUUUGUGAACAUCACCUAUAACUACCCGGUGCGCGCCUUCGGCGGCCACAAGCUCAUCAUCUUUAGCAACAUCUCAUGGAUGGGUGGCAAGAACCCUUUCCUGGGCAUCGCCUACCUGGUCGUCGGCUCCCUCUGCAUCCUCGUGGGCUUUGUCAUGCUGGUCGUCUACAUUCGCUACCAGGACCAGGAUGACGAUGACAACGAUGACGAGUGA